AUGGAAACGUGGCGUAUCUUCGCGAUCCUUCUGAUAUUCAUGAGUCCAGCGUUCAAUCAGUCACAAAAGAAAAACAAAAAUCAGGUUUCCACUCCGUCUUCUCCUCCUUCGGACUGCAAGAACGUCAAAUGCUUCGGAUCGGCGAAUUGCACAAUGCUUCCAGUAAAAAACAUGACUAAGUGUGUUCCAGUUGUUCAAAAGACGUCGAGUGUUGAUGAUGUGAUCCGUAUGAAUUUGAAUUUCACAGACGACUUCUAUGAGAAUUCGACAUGGACAAACUCAACAUCCAACUCUACAUCCUCUGCAUCUUGUGUCUCUGUAUUCACCAUUGUUUUAUCAAUAACUGUAACCUUUGCAAACUGA